GCUUAAAUAUUAACCCUGUGUGUAGACGCUGGCUUGUUUUAGUUGAUUAACUCAUUGAAACACUAAUCAAACAGUGCCAAGUCCAGAUCAUCCUCAUUUAAAAGACAGCACACAGCCAGAUGACACUGACUUCAGUGCAGAACAACUAUGAGUCUAUUGAAAGACAGCGGUCCUCUCACUACUCAUGUGUUGAACACAGGGGAUGGGGUCCCUGCUGCCAGGAUGGCCCUCAGUUUGCACCGCCUGGACCCCCACAUGACCAUCUGGAACCUCGUAACUGUCGGAACCACAAAUGCAGAUGGCCGCUGUCCAGGACUAAUAACCAGCGAUGCUUUCACUCCAGGAAUGUAUAAGAUGCGGUUUGAGACGGGCCAGUACUGGGAGAGUUUGGGACAGGCCAGCUUUUACCCAUAUGUUGAGAUUGUCUUCACAAUAACUGAUGCUGAACAGAGCUUCCAUCUGCCAUUGCUCCUCAGCAGAUACUCAUACAGCACCUACAGGGGGAGCUAGUGAGCAGCUCUUCAUUCUAGCAAAUCAACUACUAUCUGCAUACUGUGCAGUGUAUGCUGCAAACUGCUUACUAUUUUUAAAUAGUAUGUGAACAUUACAUAUUAUUACAAGAAUAAAUAUUACAAACAGCAGUACAAGCAAUGCUACAUUGUUCUAACAUGUUACCAUGUUUAAAGGGAAAGUUCACCCAAAAAUGGAAAUUCUCUCAUCAUUUACUCACCCUCAUGUCAUUCCAGAUGUGUCUGACUUUCUUUCUUCUGCUGAACACAUAAUACGAUUUUCAGAAUAACAUUUCAGCUCUGUCGGUCCAUACAAUGCAAGUGAAUUUUGACUAAUUCUCUGAAGCUCCAAAAAUCACAUAAAGUUAGCGUAAAAGUAAUCCAUAAGACUCCAGUGGUUAAACCCAUGUUUUAAGAAGUUAUAUAAUAGAAACAGGGUGAGAAACAGAGAUGUAAAAUGUAAGUCUUUUUUUAUUACUCUAAAUCUCCACUUUCAUUUUUACUGAAAGUCACAUGUGGUGCCUGUUUAGUUUCACAUUCACAUCUGAAAGUGAAAUUUAAAGUGGUAGCAUAAAACAAGGAUUUAAAUUUGUAUCUGUUUCUCACCCACACUUAUUAUAUUGCUUCUGACUAUAUGGAUUUUAACACUGGAGUCAUAUGGUUAACUUUCAUGUUUCCUUUAUGCGAUUUUUAGAGCUACAAAAUUCUGGUCACCAUUCACUUGCAUUGUAUGGACCUACAGAGCUGAAAUAUUCUUCUAAAAAUCUUAAUUUGUUUUCAGCAGAAGAAAGAAAGUCUUACACAUCUGGGAUGGCAUUAAAUUAUGAGUAUUAAAUUGGGUGUACUAUCCCUUUAAUUCAGCGAUCCGUAUCAAAAUGCAGAAUAUUUUUGACUGCAUUUUUAGUUCAGUUUUUUAAAUUCUGUGGAAGUCAAAUCACAUAAUGGGUCAGAAAGAUGUAAAAUGGAAGGUUAAGUACAUACUGCAGCGCAAACUGUAGAAAUAGUAAGAGUUUUGUAUACUAUUCUUGUAAAUGGCAACUUACUUUAAAAAGUAAACUCCAAAGCAGGAAUACUAUGACUUAUACUACUUCUACCAUAUAUAUAUAUAUAGAAAGUCUAUAGAGCAGUAUGGUUGUAUGCCAUUCCAAACAGGACCAUCGUGUUUAUUUCUAAAUAUAAGGUCCAGGAAAUUACUUCAAGCAGUGUUUUUAAAUUAUUAUUAUUAUUUAAGCCUAAUUUUCGAAUGAUCUUAAUUUGAUUAGUAAAAAUAUUACAGAGAAUUAUACAUAUUGCAACUAAAUGUAUAAACACUAAGAUAAAUAUAAUGUAUUGUAUAUUAUAUUUAUUCUGACUGUAAGGUGGACUCAAACACAGCACUAGAAAGAAGGGAUAAACAGCUAUUUAUUUCUUACAUUUCAUAUACUAGUAGAGGUCACUAAAAACUGUUCUUCAACAAUAUACUGUCAAGCUGUAUUAAACAUUUCUGGUGCAGUGGAAAUGUUUGACUUGCUCUGGUCUAAUUCAUGUCCUGGUUAUUCUAAUCUGCUGCUUAUCUUUGUUUUCUUUGUUCAUUAAACCCAAAGGAAGACAGUCAAGCCACGUAUUUGUGACUACACUGAAAACUCUAAAGAGUUGAUUCUAAUCAAUUGGCUGAGUAAACUCAUUGCCUCAAUUGAAUUAAGUAUUGAUAUCUCCAAAACCUUGUGUAAUUAAGUUCACUUAACUUUGUGUUCAUGUAGAAGGAACUUAACUAUUUAAGGUUAGGUAACUAGACACAAGUAGACUUAAUUCAGAUGUACUAUUUAAAAUUUGUCAUUUCAAUUUAAUAAUUGAAAUUGAAUCCAGAUAUAUGCAUACCCCACUUUUUAAUGGCUUGCUUAACUGAUGUGUAGAUUAUUGAAGUGGUUUUUGUAUAAAGAUACAUUUUUGGGGUUUGGGUUGCGGGCAGUCACCUUGGGGGUUGUUUUGCAUUAUCCAUGUACUGUUUUCUAUGAUAAAUACAUCUGAAUAUGUAUAUUUUCUUUAAAAUUGAUAACAAAUGGAUAACAAAAAAAC